GUGAGAUGGGGCUGAACAACUCCAAAGAGCAGUCUCUGGAAAAAGGAACAGCACCCAACAAAAAACCCAACAAGAACCAACAAGAACCAACACCCUUCGACGAUGACAACGGUCUACCAGGACUUCACCAAACUUCGUUCGUUUUUACCCUCGCUCAGGGUCGAAGAACUCAAAGGAAUCAUCAGAACGAUCAACAGCUAUCUACUCUGUGCCGCCAGGAUCUCCGGGAAGAAAGACGAAUUAAUCAUCCGGAUCGAAGGCUACCUUCAAGAAGCCAUCACCUCAAACAAACUCGACAACUACGACCACAUCAGAGCUGCAAUCUACCGAUACUGUCGCGAACCAUAUAUACCAACCUACCAUCGAAGCACUCUCAACAGCACCACCCAUCAGCAACAACACCCCUCCGGCCAUCAACCCUACCCCCCACCCUCAACCGUCCCCUCAUCCUCCACAGCUGCCUCGUCGACAUCCAAUCGAGCGAAUGCUCCCGUCGUUGACUUGGGCCCCGUCCCGUUAGCACACCAUCAUCAUCAUCAUAGUCAUCAUAGUCAUCAUCAUCCACCCAAGGCUGAUCCUGUCUUUGGAAGCACUAGCACCCCUGCCAAUAUGAGAUCUUCGGGCUACCCCAUCAAACAACCUAGUAACAACAACAACCAACAUUACAGCGCCAACUCCGGCAUCAGCCCUAACCAUUCCGGCCAAGGAUUCCCUCCCAAAGCUCAUCAAGUCUUGCCCCCCUACCACAAUAACUCUGCCGCCUUCAACCCUCGAACUCUGCCGAUCUGCUUCGAAAAAUCUCCGUUCUAUCGCGUCGAUUCCGCUGCCUCCGGAGUCGCAAUCUGCCAUCGAGCUGCCCAAAAUGAUCGUAAAUCGGUCCCAUUAUCGCUAAUCCUAUCGGCUGACCAGAGGGCCAAAUUAUCUCCAAGCCAUGUGAACGCAUCUGGAAGCCAAUACCAACUCCGACUGUUUGCGACCUCGGAAACGUUUUAUAACCAUCCCAGCUUUCCAGCCGGACCCAAUACCCAAGCCAUGUCUGCUGCCUUGAUCGAAUUCCCUACGACGACCGACAUCAAGUUGAACACUUGCUCAAUCACCUCCAAUCUCAAGGGAAUCAAGAAACAGCCUGGCACCGCUCCUCCUCCCAAUCUCGCUCAAGUCCCCGGUAAAAAUGGAUCCGGUCAGGCCCUCGAUUUGAAGGAAGGUAGACCUAAUCAAAUCGAAAUCGCUUACUCUAACUCCGAUAAGAGGUUCUUCUUUGUGAUCUAUUUGGUCGAAUAUUAUGGCGUUUAUGGGCUGAUGAAGAACUUGAAAGCGAACCGAAAACGAGCACACAACCAAGUUUUACAAGAGAUCAUUGCCAGUGCGGGAGAUGAAGAUAUCAUCACGUCAGCCUCCGAACUGACGCUGAAGGAUCCGGUGGUCUUUAUGCGGAUCAAGACGCCGAUUCGCUCGAGCCGAUGCAAGCAUCUUCAAUGCUUCGAUGCGGAGAUGUUCUACACGAUGAUGGAACAGACGCCGACCUGGCUCUGUCCGGUGUGCAACGCGAAGCUGAAGAACGAGGAGAUUGCGAUCGACGAAUUUUUCGAGUCGAUUCUCAAGGCCAGUCCGAGUUCGAUCGACACUGUGGUGAUCGAGGCGGAUGGAAAGUGGCAUGACGAGCGAUACACGGUGGGGACGAGUGCGAAGAAGUGCUCGUCGCAGUCGGUGAUGAGUGUGGAGAGCGGCGGGAGUGGGAGCCAUCGGCCCGCGGGUGGGGCCCGGACGGCCGACGAGCAGGACUCUGCCGGGUCCAAUAAGCGCAAGGUCACCGUCCUCGAACUCGAGUCCGACGCAGGUGACGAUGAUGAUGACGACGACGACGACGAUGAUGAUGAUGAUGAUGAUGAUCCUAUGCGUCCUCCCGGCUCCUCUCGCGCUCGCGCCUCUAAUAAACGACAUAAGUCUUCUGGUCAUUCGGCCGAUUGCGUCAUCGAUCUCACCCUCGAUGACGAUUGAUUUCUCUCUGUUUCCCUCUCCCUCUCUUCUUCCUCUUUUGAUCUUCAUUCCCUCACUUCCUUCUUUUGUUUUUCUUCAUGAAUCCCUUGCCGGCCCCUUCUCCUUUGAAAAAAAUAAAACAAGAAGUUGGGUGUUUUUCAGCGCAAGAUCAGAUAUUGUGGGUUGGUUGAUGGAUUCAAUUGUCUUCUCUAUCCAAUCACACAAUUCAAUGUGAUGAGGAUUUCUUUGUCCAUCUGGUGUUUGGUUUGGUUUUGUUUUGCUUUUUUUUUCUUCUUCUUACUUUCACAUUUAAAUAUC